UUAAACAGAUGGAGUUUGCUUCUCAUUUCUCCUAUGAUUUAUCCUGAUAAGUUACUUGAAGCAGAACAUAUAGCUUUUGUGACAGAAAGCAUUUCAGCUCAGACAGAUAAUUUGCAGAAAGUGCCUGGCUCUUCAAAAGAGGUUGUGAAGUGGUCAGACUACUGUUCACCAUUGGCCUAUAAAGCUGGGGAGCCUUAUAAGUUAAUUGCUGAAGCAAGUGUAGAUAAUUUCAGUAACCUUGGUAUAGCAUUCAUGGAAGACAGGCUUCAAAUGGAUAAUGGAAUGGUGCCACACAAGAUUGUUUCUGUCCAUUUACAGGAAUCUACUCUGAAGGAGUUGGCACAGGUGGCACCAUCUGUAAAAGAGCAAAGUGUAAGCAGUACACAAAUGGAUGAAGUAACUCCUGCUGCUACUUUUGGGACUACUGUUAAAUCAGGAUUAGGAGUAGCUGAGUCUGCAGGACAAGAGAAAUCCAAGCUAGAGAAAGAAAGCGAGCAUGAAGAUGAAUCCAACAGUCUAUCUGACAAAGAGACAGGUGCUGGAGACCAUCAUCACUUGCAUCUUUCCAGCUGUCAUGAAUGCCUGCAACUUGAAAACAGUACUAUUGAAUCGGUCAGAUUUGCCUCUGCAGAAAACAUUCCAGAACUUUCUGAUGACUGCAAUAGCAAACUGGAAGAGAAGAAUGAUGACUGUCUAGCAAGAGGAAUAAAGAGAGUAAACCUUGCGGGAAAGCCCCCUAAUGUAUUGAUUUAUCUUGGCUCUGAAACUGCAAAAGUGAAAUUUGAGCAGGUAAAAUCAAUCCUUCAGGAAUGCAUUGAUGCAGACAGCUACGCCAUCUAUGAGCUGCAUGAGGAACAGGUUCUGAAGGCUCCGUGGAUUGAUAAUUCACUGCUGUUGAUCAUUGCCACAGAGGAACCUAUUUCUGAGGAGAACCACAAACAAUUUAUGAAGUUUUUAUCUAAAGGUGGAAAGAUUCUAGGGUUUUCUUCAUCUUUUACAUUUGAUGGCAUACAAAUAAAGAGAAAAAGCAAACUGAAGACUGUUCGUGAAUUAGUGGUCUCUAAAACAGACAGCACUGAAAUUAAGUUAAACCUUUUGGUCAGUGGCUGUAUUUUUGAGGAAGUGAUGAAGGAAGAUACCAGCAAAGUGAAGACAUUGAGUCAAUUAAAUAAUGCUGAUAAAGAUACAGUUAUUGUUCAUCUGACUUAUGGAGACAGUGGAGGAGAAGCCAUUCUUUCUCAGGCACACUUGGAACUGGAUAUCAAUUCUAUGGAUGUCCAAACUGAAGAGGAUUUUAAUUCGCUUAAGAUAAGCAAUACCAAGAGAUAUGAAGUUCUCAAGGAGAUCCUGAUAUCACUUGGCCUGAGUUGUGAAUUAAGUGAAAUGCCUAUGUUAACGCCUAUUUACCUUCUAUCUCCUGAUGAGGAAAUCCAUCUUGCUUUUCUGAAAUGGCUUGAGGGAAAUGUAGAUGCUGAAGGAUUAAGAGCAUCCAGCAAGGUGUUUCUUAAAUUUGUUUCAUCCUGUGAAUCAAAAAUGGAGAUAACUCCAUCUUUCAUGCAAGUCAUCACUGAGAUGGGAAGCUUUUCAUCAGAACAUUUCAGCCUGAAGACAUAUCAACAGAAUCUUCAAACAAAGAAGCUUGGAAAGAUUCUUCUUUUUACUGAAGUUACCACAACAACAAUGAAUCUUCUAGAUGGGUUAAUGUUCGAGUUGCCUGAGGAGAUUGGUUUAAUAGCAAUUGCUGUUCAACAAACACAAGGGAAAGGCCGUGGUGGAAAUGUUUGGCUCAGUCCCGUGGGCUGUGCACUAUCCACUUUACAUAUCACCAUUCCUCUACAUUCCAACCUGGGCCAGAGAAUUCCUUUUAUUCAACACCUAGUGUCCUUGGCAAUGGUAGAGUCAGUUAGAUCAAUACCAGGAUAUGAGGAUAUUGAUCUGCGAGUAAAAUGGCCAAAUGAUAUUUACUACAGCGAUCUUAUGAAGCUUGGUGGAGUUCUGGUAAACUCUACGCUUAUUGAAACAACAUUUCAUGUACUUAUUGGCUUUGGAAUUAAUGUGAAUAACAGCAACCCCACCAUAUGCAUCAAUGAUCUCAUUGCGAAAUUUAAUAAAGAAGAGGGGACAAAGCUGAAGGCUUUAACUACAGACUGUGUUAUUGCAAGAACUGUAACUGUGCUAGAGAGGCUUGUAGAUAUUUUUCAGGAGAAAGGGCCCAACGGAGUUCUCCCCCGUUACUACAAGUACUGGGUACACAGUGGUAAGCAAGUCCAUCUCCACAAUGAGGAGGGCCCAAUUGCGUGGAUAGUCGGGAUAGAUGAUUAUGGAUUCCUUCAGGUCCAUGAAGAAGGCAAGGGUGUAGUGUCUGUGCACCCAGACGGCAACUCCUUUGACAUGCUGAGAAACCUCAUAGUCCCAAAGCAUUCAUAG